AUGGCACUCGCACACAUUCUACUAUAUUUAACAUUCAUAGUAUUUUGUGACAGUGCCCGGAUAUUGGCCGUCUUCCCCGUGCCAUGUCACAGCCACCAGCUGGUUUUCCGACCCCUGACGUUGGAGCUAGCAAGACAGGGCCACGAUGUCACAGUCAUCACCCCGUUACCAGCGUUCCUGAACGGAACAACGCCGAAAAACAUCACAGAAAUCAAUAUAGGGAAUUGUAUAGAGAAAUUGAUGCAGAAAGCGCUUGUUGAUGAUAUGAAAGACGCGAAGGACAUUUAUACACAGCAGGUGAUCGCGUUUGAUGCGGCGAAGAAUGUCUUUGACGUAAUAAUGAUGGAGUUGAGGGGUUUCUUAAAGAGCGGACAGGUCUUUGACCUCGUUCUGGGUGAAGCGUGCGCGCGGUUCACAGUGGUUUUCUCGGAGAUUUUCAAAGCGCCGUUCGUUCAGGUCAGUUCCUUUGGCGGCACUUUUGAUACGUUCAGCAUAGUUGGUGCUCCGAUACAUCCGCUAUUGUAUCCUCUUGCCGUUCGUGAGAAAUUCAAGAACUUAACUGUCUUAGAUAAAUUGAGAGAAGUAUAUGAGCAUUAUCGGUUGGUGAAGCUGUAUUAUGAAGUGGAGGAGGCGGAGAACGAGGUGGCGAGGCGGCAUUUGGGGAAGGAGUUUCCAAGCAUGGGAGAGUUGAUGGGGAAUGUUGAAAUAAUUCUUUUGAACGUACAUCCUGUUUGGGACUCCAACCGCCCGGUUCCGCCUAAUCUUAUUUAUUUGGGAGGCCUGCAUUUGCAGAAGGAAAAGGAACUGCCUAAGGAAUUAAAAGCCGAGCUGGACGCGACAAAAGGAGUGAUAUACAUGAGUUUUGGAAGCACUGUCCGAUCAUCAAUCUUAAGUCAAGAGAAAGUUGACAUGUUCUUAAACGUUUUGGCACAACUGCCGUACACAGUGUUCUGGAAAUGGGAUAUGAAAGUGAACAAUCCACCGGAUAACGUUAUUGUGAGGAAGUGGUUUCCUCAGGCUGAUUUAUUACGACACCCGAAAAUUAAGCUGUUUAUCACCCAAGGAGGACUUCAGUCCAUAGAUGAAGCUAUAGACGCUGGAGUACCAAUGGUGGGAGUUCCCAUACUCUGGGACCAAUGGUACAAUGUUGAUAAAAUUGUGGAAUUAGAAAUCGGAGUUAUGUGUGAUAUUCGUACAUCGUCUAAAGAAGACUUUAAGAAUGCUAUUGAAACCGUUCUUAACAAUACAAGAUAUAAAACAAACAUCGAGAAACUUCGUGAUGUAAUAAAUGACCAGCCGCAAACGUCACUGCAGAAAGCAAUAUGGUGGAUAGAGCACGUCAUCCGCCAUAAAGGCGCGAAAUAUUUGAAAUCGCCCGCGUUCGAUAUGAGCGUCACAGACUACUUCGAAGUUUAUUUAAUUUUGUCUGCGAUCGCUGUCUGUUUAAUUGUAUUUUUAAUGUUAACGUUUGUCAUUAAAUACUCAUUAAAUAUACUCUGCAAUAAAAAAGUUAAGCAAGAUUAA